AUGCGGCGGGCGCUGCUGUGGCGGUGGCGGUGGUGGUGGUGGCUCGCCGUGGCGUGCGGCCUGGCGGCGCGGCCGGCGGGCGCGCCGUGGUGCAUCGCGAGGAGCGGGGCGCCGGAGAAGACGCUGCAGGCGGCGCUGGACUACGCGUGCGGCCCCGCGGGGGCGGCCGACUGCGCCCCGAUCCAGGCCAGCGGCCUCUGCUACCUCCCCAACACCCUCGCCGCCCACGCCUCCUACGCCUUCAACUCCGUCUUCCAGCGCGCCCGCGCCGCCCCCGGCGCCUGCGACUUCGCCGGCACCGCCACCAUCACCCUCACCGACCCCAGUUAUGGAUCUUGCACAUACCCAGCAUCACCAAGCAGUGCAGGGCAGUCAGGAUCACCGGGCUCGACCAGCGGCAUACCUUCACCGCCGGGCAGCGACAACGGCGGCCUAAGCCCCCCGGACCUCGGCUCGGGCGACGACUCCGGCGCCCCAGCUCGCCUUGCCGCCGCCUUCCUUCCUCUUGCCCUGUCCUGCCUCCUCCAUCUGCUCCUCUUGCACACGCAGGCGCAGCGGCGGUGAUCCAUGAACGCCGGCCGGCGCCGCCGCCAUGGAUGAGAUAUAUAUUGCAGCUAGCUAGGGCAUCAUUGCACUUGCAUGCAUACAUUUGUUUGCGCAUCGCGGGAAUUUGUAAGAAAAUCACCACAGUUUUGUUGAUGGGUUAAUUGGUAGGAGUGGCUCGUUCGUACGUAUGUUACGUAGCGCUGUUGGUGUGAGCACCUGCCCCGUUCAAGCGAAAGGGCUAGAGUGGC